AUGGGAGGAAUGACAGAAUUUUAUUUAUUGGAUAUGAUUAGAAAAAUUAAUUGGGAUCUCAGGCCAAAUUGCAUUAACCCAGUUCGAUCAACUAUUGAUUGUAAUUCCACUUAUUUGAAAUAUGAUAUGGACGAUGGCAAUAUAUUAUCAUAUAAACCAUAUCGACAAAGUUUAUUUAAUCGAUUUUAUUGCGAAAAAAAUGAAAUUAAAAAUUUAUCAUCAUUCCAGCGGCAGCUCGCAUAUACGAAUUUUGAAAAUAAAGUUCAAAUUAAAAGACCUAUAUCGACAUCUAGGAAUAUUUUGAAUUUAUCGAUAAAUGAGAGUAGUAUAGCAGAAGAACAAGAAAGCGAAGUGUCAAAUAAAGAAAUAACCUUAUCUAAGCCUCCUUUUUCUUAUAUUGCAAUGAUAGUUAUGGCGAUAAAAAAUUCCCCAAACCAUAAAAUAACUCUCAACGGUAUAUAUCAAUAUAUAAUGGAAAAUUUUCCUUAUUAUAGAUCAGGUCCCAAUAAAGGCUGGCAAAAUUCAAUAAGACACAAUUUGAGCUUGAAUAACUGUUUCCGAAAAAUUAGGAGGAAAAAGAUGCAUUAUAAAGGCAAAAAAAUCUACGAAUCCUACAAAGGCGAUGAUAUCAAAGAUAUUUUUAUGCAUGUGAGUAAUAAUAAGAUAAAUCAAGGAUCAAACUCCAAAAAACCAAGGGUUGGGGGUAAUAAAGGAAGCUAUUGGACAUUAGCACCAAACUGCGAAGAUAUGUUUGAAAACGAAAAUUAUAGAAGACGUAAAAGACGCACUAAGUUAAAAUGUGAAAUUAAGAAUAAUAGUAAUGGUGAUGUUCAUUAUAAAAAAUCGAGGAUUAAACUUAAAUUUAUAGUAAAUCAUGCAUCCCAAAACAAAAUAGUCUUACAUAACAAUAACAACUUAGAAGAUGAUCAAAAAAAUGAGGAUGUGUUAUUUACAGGUAAAUGUUGCUCUAGUAAACAUAAUAUUAAUGAAUACGUGAGUGUCCACGAUAGAUUUAAAUUUAAUCCAUACCAUUUCAAUGAAAAGGAAUCGUUUAAAAUUUCAAAUUCACAACUAUUAAAUUCGGAGAAUAAGAUUCCACAGGAAACAAUAAGAAAAACGGCUAUAUAUUUGGAUGAGUAUAAUAGUGGAAACAGUGUAAGGUCUAAAUUUUCAAUCGAUUUUUUACUCAAAAAUUAG